AUGAACGCAACGUGGUUCGCCGACGGUCCGAUACGAUAUAACCCAGAAAUCGGUCUCCCGGAAUACCAUAUCAUAUCGUUGGAGCACGAUUACUGUAACGGCGUCUUUCACUACACGCAUCACCCCCAAAUUCGUCCAGAGUGCGACUUCAGCUGCUUACUAGGAAUGGUCAAUUUGAAACGUGCUAUCGGAUUUCAUUUAGUUCAGAGUUAUAUUCCUACGGCGCUAAUCGUGGCAAUCUCGUGGGUUUCUUUUUGGAUCGACCGGCGAGCAGUACCAGCUCGAGUAUCGUUGUCGUUCACAACGCUGCUCACACUUAGCACCCAGGGCAAUGGCAUCAGAUACGCUUUGCCACCAGUGUCAUAUGCCAAGGCAAUCGAUUACUUCUAUGGAGCAUUUUUCAGUGUGUAUGCUGUUCAUAUUUGGUGUCUUAUUGGAAUUUGCCAUGGUGAACAGCUACAUGAGGCGCGUGCCAACAAGUAUAAUACCAUGGCCGAGAAAUUACAGGCUGGUUAUGGUCACAAGCAUGCUAUUUCAGCAUCUGAAUAUGACUCAGAGUACGACGAAGGGCCAAUGUCACUAAAACGGCAAUUCGGCAAGAAUUCCACCAGUUUGAUGUACAAAGCAUUACGGUAUUCUCGGAGAGCCCUAGCGAUCGAUAAAGCGGCUCGAUUCGCAUUUCCUUCCGUUUUCCUGCUGUUCAACGUCGUCUACUGGAUGUAUUACUUGAAGGAAGACGAUAAUCACUUGUGA